ACAGAUAGGUGUGAAUGAUAGAGAGAUCAGGGGUCUACAGGUUUUACCUUACAGAUCGUGUAAGAUGUCUGCAAGAUCUGGAGUCACGGAGGCAGAAUUUCGCCAUUUUCGUCACGUCUUGAGUGUGCUUUUCGUCGAGGAGGUGGCUUACAUCGUAAACAUGUCGCAAAGCAUCUCAGCACAACUUCGGAUAUAAGACUUCGAGGAGACCCGGGAGAUGCUCAACUUACUGCUGUCAGCACAUCACCAAGAUCGUCUAGCAUCAGUAUCCGUGUUCUCAAUCGGGAUGACGGUUUCCAGACACAGACAAUCAAUGAUUCCGAAAUUAGCAUACUUCAAGGACUUUAAUUACUGGUUUGGCCAACUCGUCUCAUCACAGGAACCGAUUACAUCAUUAAUAAAGCGACACUAGUGCUUGUAAUUGUCCUAAUCUUUGGGAGUUGAGACCUAAAAGAUUUUGUAAUCUGUCUCAUUAAUGUCCCGUCACUACAAGAGAUUUAAAAAUGGGACAGUCUACCUGCUGGAUGAAAUCAGAAAAUUUGCUCCAAGGUUUAUUUUGACACCCAUCUCAUGAGGAGAUACUAUAUAGAUGGUUAUUCCGAAGUAGCUUCCGAGGCUUCAACAUUAUUGAGUGUAUUCUACGCCGGUUUGAAAAUGCAUCUCACCAAAUGAUAAAACUACAACCCCCUUCUAAGCGCUUGUGUCUGCAAAACGUGAACUCACAGUGAAAAUUUGAAGCUACUUUGUUUUACUUAAAAGUAGCUUCACCUGUGAUGAACUCAAUGGCCCACAGGUCUCGAUCUCAAUCCCUCAGCGGGGCUUUGACCAGCGUCGCGAGCCAGAACAGUACCGGUCAAAGGCCCGGGGACGGGUCGCCUCAACGCACGCCGCCCGGCCGGGGCCUCGUACGCACCAACACUCUUGCAUCGAUCCGUGAAGAUUCGAAUAGCCGGAAAGAUUUCGGGCGUCGACAUAGCACCGUGCCGAGGAGGGUAGCGGUUGUGUCUCAGUAUGACCGCAAGCACGGAGGCUCAUCAGCGGGUAGUAGGCCGAGUCUGGGCAGGCGGAGGACUACGGCGCUGAUCGAGGAGGAGCUACUCAAACCGGAGAAACCGGCCGGACCCACGCCGUACCAACGAUUUAAAUUGAAGGCCAAUGCUGUUCGGUGGCUGUGCAUGGCUUGCCUUAGCUACAUGAGGGCUGCAUCUGAGAAGGCCCUGAAAGGAAGUCUCUUGGAGGUGGUUCAGAACAUAAUGACUCAGGCAGAGGCAGAGGCUCGACGGACGGGGAACGAUGGCUCGCUACCCCGUGGCAUCAUCAGCUCUGCCUACCCGGAUAUGACAUUUGAUGCUUCGGAGUUCCAACGAUUCUCAAAGAGAGGGGAGGGAAUCCCGAAGAGGAUCAAGGAUUUGCUGAGGGUGCCAGAAGAGGAAAGGACGCAGGAUCAAAUUGACAAUAUUGUAAGGAGUAUGCAGCACGUUGAGGAAUUUGCCAAAUAUCCCCCUGAAGUUCAGAAGAAAAUGUGCGAAUAUGCCUGGUAUGAUGAAUAUGGACCCAACCGUUUAGUCAUCAAAGAGGGGCAGGAGGCAGAAGGACUCUACAUUAUCCUGUCCGGAAACCUGACGGAAACCUUAGCUGGACAGACAUAUCUGUUGAAGAAGGGUGACAAGUUUGGAGAGAAUGACCUUAUCCGAGGGAGUAAGAGGACCAGCUCAGUCAUGACCAAGAACAAAGUGGAAAUGUUCUGUCUGCACUCUGAGGACUAUGCUGAGGUCUUCGAUACCAAAUUAAACAUCAAACCGGAGGACUGCAUGGAAUAUCUCAGCACUAUUCCAGUCUUCCAGAUGUGGGGAGGUCUCAGCAACCUCCUUGACUCCCCUGUCAACUGGGGCAUACAGAACUAUAGACCAGGCCAGGUGAUUGUCCCCGACAGUAACACAAAUGAUUGGAUAUAUGUUGUGAAGUCGGGUACCUGUGAUGUCCUGAAGCGUCUGGUUCCCGGAGUCUGUGCCAUGGAUCCCACUAGGAGAAACUACAAGGAAUACAAGAAGGCACUGGGAGCUGUAGAGAUGAGCAAGAUACAUCACAGCAUGAGACCAGGGGCCAACACCAAGGUUAUACCACAGAUCAGGACGCCUCAGGAUUCUGCCGGCUCACUCAAGGCUGGGAAAGCAACUUUCUUGACGACACCCAAACCACACAGUGCCGACAGCACUAGCUUCAAGCAGAGGCAGCCAAUAUCAGGCAUCACAGACAGCGUCAUGGAAAGAAGACACAACCUGAAACCCGGCAUGUGGACGGAGUCUCUGGACAAGAAGCCACGGAAGAUGCUUGAGAGCAGUGGAUUAAACGGCUGCAUCAAGCGUGGUAGUGAGCUGGACAUUCCGUACUGUGUGCGUGUUGCUGAGCUAGAGGGAGGAGAUGUCUUUGGGUUACUUUCAAUCUUGCCCUCGUUUAAGGAAACAAGUGUGAGCCUGGUGAGCCAGGGGGCUGAAGCCAUCCGAAUCAACAAGGCGUUCUUCCUCAAGUACACGGAUGAGAGAGUAUUCACACAGAUUGAGAUGAGGUAUGAGCCGUACCCAACCCAGGAUGAGUGCUUGGAUGACCUUGACGUGACCUCGCAGUGGGAACGAUUCAAGGUAGUGGAGGUGGAGAAGACACUACACCGAAUAGCCUCAGCACCAAGAUGACCUCCGUGGAGUUAGUCGGGUGCAGUUUCACAAAGCUGCUUACAGUGUGACAUACCAUUUGAUCCACACCAACACAGUUUGCUGAAAUCCUCCUGUAAUUGCUGUCUUACCAUUAAAAUUCACAGAUAAUUUUAAAGAUUGUUUAGUCCAUUAAGCUACCUUUCCAUGAUGACCUGUUUUCUGCCUUUUUUGAGUAUGUUGCAAACUUAGUUCAGCACUUGAUGCAUACAUACACCUUAAUCAACAACAGACAACAAAAUCUGAAGGUGCUUAUGGAGAAAGUGCCUUCAUUCUGAAAAUAAACCAUUCACUUUGCUGCUAAGUAGCAAAAGCCUGAUAAAAAUAACUUUAUAAAUAUGUAUUCAGACUUUUUAAAGCAAUCUAGGUUAAUUUCAUUGAAUCAAGCACAAUAUGCCAAAUAAUCUGAUGAUUUAUGUAAAGUGAGGUUUUAUUUAUGAACUAUUUACAUACAUAUGUACAAAUGAAUUUUUGAGUACACUAAUUAAGUUGUGAACAGCACUGAGUGAAUCAGAAUCCAUAAUAUGUGUAAAUUAAAUAUUUAUUUAAACGGAAAGAAAUUACAAAAGCAUUUACAUACAGUAUUAUGCAGCUUGCAAUAGAUUUUUUAAUGCAGACACUUAUUAUGAGGCUGUUAUGUAAAAAAAAAAUGUGUAAAUAAGAAUUUGCAAUAUGUGUUAACUUAAAGUUGUAUCAAAAUAUCAAAAUAUUCCAAAAAACCAAAGAGUAUUAAAUCAUUUUGCACGAAAA